AUGACGCUCUUUGGAUACGACCAGGGUGUAUUUGGAGGUGUAGUUGUCACCAGCGACUACCUGAACAUCAUGAAUCUUCGCACAAACAAUACCCUGCUGGCUACCGUGACCGCAAUAUACGACGUGGGUUGCUUCAUGGGCGCCAUUUUUGCAUUUGUCGUCGGCGAUCCUCUCGGCAGGAAGAAGACCAUUCUCCUGGGUACAACCGUCAUGAGCGUAGGAGCCCUUCUGCAGAUCACUGCGUUUGGAGUACCACAGAUGAUUGUUGGACGGAUCGUAGCAGGCAUCGGGAACGGAUUGAAUACGGCCACGGCCCCCGUUUGGCAAGGCGAGACUUCCAAAGCCAGCUGGCGCGGGAAGCUCGUUGUCAUCGAGAUGAUCUGCAAUAUAUUCGGCUUCAUGCUGUCCAAUUGGGUCACCUUUGGAUUCUCGUUCCUUGGUGGUGGCGUAGCCUGGCGCAUCCCGUUGGCGAUACAAUUCAUUUUCAUCGCUAUACUGUACGGCACCGUGCCAUGGCUGCCAGAGUCUCCGCGAUGGCUCAUCGGCAAAGGACGAAUCGAGGAGGCCGACGUGAUCCUAGCCGACAUCGAGGAUAAAGAUGUUGACGACCCUUUCAUCAUCACACAGUCCAAGGACAUUCAAUGGGCUGCCGACUAUGAGCGAGAGAAUUCAGUCCGCUGGAGAGAUCUUCUUCGUGGCCGCACGGGCAACGAUGGAGGCACCUGCACUAUUCGACGUCUCAUCCUGGGUAUGGGCACGCAGGCGAUGCAGCAAUUGUCCGGCAUUAACGUCACAUCGUAUUAUCUCCCUACGGUCUUGAUCGAGUCUGUCGGUCAGACGGAGACCAUGGCACGCCUUUUGGCCGCAUGUAAUUCCGUCUCGUACCUUCUAUUCUCCCUCAUCGGCAUUCCUAACGUCGAACGAUGGGGGAGGCGGAAGAUGAUGAUGUACGCCGCUGCAGGUCAGGCAUUCUGCUACCUGCUCAUCACCGUUCUUAUUCGCUACAAUGAGAAACCUGGCUACCCGCAUUCUGGAGAAGUAGCGAAAGCCUCAAUUGCAUUCUUCUUCCUGUACUAUGUUUUUUUUGGUAUCGGCUGGCAGGGCGUACCUUGGCUGUAUCCGACCGAAAUCAACUCGCUCGCGAUGAGAACAAAGGGCGCAGCCGCUGGCACUGCAACGAAUUGGAUUUUCAACUUCAUGGUUGUUGAGAUCACUCCUAUAGGAAUCCAACAUCUCCAGUGGAAGUUCUACAUCGUAUGGACAAUCCUGAAUGCCUCUUUCGUCCCGAUUGUAUACUUCUUCUACCCCGAAACGGCAGAUCGCUCUCUCGAGGACGUCGACCGCUUCUUCAACGACAACAGAAACAUACUCGUCUUCACGGACCCUGACGCGAAAAGUUCCAAGCGUCCCGCGAAGUAUCUGGAGAAAGAGCAGGAGGAGAUGAGACGCAACUCCAGCGUGAGCCCGCAGAUCGCCCGACGUCAACACAGCAUCUGGAGGGACAGCUUGCUGGCGAGGGUGGAAACGGGCGAGGACAAAGGGAGCGUCGAUGGGGAGUUGGAAAAGGGUGACGUUGAAUAUACGCACUCGACGCAGACGUAACACGCGCAGGCCUGGUCGCUAUCGCAUGACAGCUGUAGACGCU